UCUAAGGGAGCAGAGAAGCACUCUCAUCCUUCCCAUUCAAUUCCUUUUGUUGGUGCAAGCCUGCUGAGGAAGGUUGCCAGGUCCACGGUGCUGCUGACCCCUGUCCUCUGUCUGAGUAGCAUCAAGGGAGCGUACCUGUGUCCUCUGCCCAGCCAGUGUGCAUUUGCUCUGACCUUUGGGGUCUGGCAUUUGUGGCUUCUCUGAUUUUUCAGACAUCCCUCUGAGAAGGCCACCAGCGGUGCCACUGGCAGCUCAUGUUUUAUGAGAGGCCAUACUGUAGUCCAUAGUUCAGUUCCAAAGGACUUUUCUACAGUAGGGCCUGCGGUGGAUCAAAUGUGGAGGGUUUUCCAUUUCCCUUAGUUCCUUCUCUGGAUCUCCGUGUGAUGAUAGAGGUGUCUAUCUGCCAUCUCAGCAUGUCAGGAACACUUCUGCAAGGCAGGAAUUGGAGUAAUAGAAGACCACUAGAAAUUAUUUCGAUUUUGCACCAUCUGUGCUGGCUGGGCCUCACACCCUGUCACAUAGUUAUUUACUGAUCAAGUGGAAUGGACUUGUAAGAUAGUGGGGAGGACGCAUAACUGGUACCAUAUCUGCCAGGUGCCAGGAUUGUUGUGCAGUCUGGAAGACUCCAAAUCCUUUGAGCUUCCUGUUGGUGUGAUUACUCUGUCUCACUCCAGCUGGCUGACUUUAAAUGAAAAUAGCACUGUUGACUGGCACUUGCUGCAGCUGGCAGGUGGAAAAGCUGGUUUUCUGUUCCAAGACUUUCCACCUCCUUUAUGUUUUAUGUCUGUGCAUCCAGAGGGAAAGGUAAAGCCACUGUCUUUGGAGUGCCCUGUGCUCGCUGGAGCAAAAUACCUUCAGCCAUAUCAUAAUCUCUUUAAUUGUCCUUCUUUCUCACUAAUGAAUAAUUAACUGCUGCGUGCAUGUCCACAGACAGGCCGGUCACGGGCAUCUCUGUGGGGUCAUGCUGACCUGCGGAUGAUCGUAGGGAGAGGGAGCUGCUUACCUCAGCGUGCAAUCUCUUGGCCUUGCUACCAGCCCGUUAUCAGUUUGGCCACCAGCUGACCAAAGCUAAUGUCUCCAUGACCUGCAUCUGCAAUAGGCAAACGCUGACCAGACCCCAGCCUUCUCGGAGCAGGAGCAUGCAAACAAAUUGUGGUGAGCUAGGUGUGAAUUUGCAGCAAGUCAGCUCCUACACCGCAACUCCCCCAAGGUGAGCAAGUGCAAGGUGGCUCGCAGAGAGUGGCAUGCUAUUUUUGUUUCCAAGGGUAACAGCUCUCCCACAAGAACUUACCACAAAAAGCCACCCCAUUUUUGAAUGCCUGUUGUAUGUGAAAGCAUAAACCUCAACUUUCCAAAAUUCAGCUGUGUGCGUCAAGGCCCCCAAGCAAGUAUUCGAUAGGAUCAGUUUUCCUGCCCGUUGCAAGUUGAGUCACGCUGCACUGGCUCCUGUGUGCUACAAGAAACUCCCACCCUCUUUUUGCUGUGGAACUAGGGCACAGUUUGGGGCUUUUGCUAUGGAUCUAGAGCACUUUGGGGCACGCCUGUAAUUCACCGGGCACUAAGGGUCGUGGAUUGGAGAUAGUCCCUUGUUGUACAUUGUUUUCCUGUGAGUAACCACUCUGCCACAGAUGCUUUGGAGGCUAAAACUGCUUUUGACUUUAAAACUGCCAUCUCCUGCUGGAGGUUUUUACCUUAAAAUUUUUUCAGCAAAAAUCUGGGAAAGUUGGCGCUGGAUGUCUAACUAUUGUUUUCUCCUCUCCCUAUUGUGUCUCGCCACCUGUGUAUCCCUGCUAUUGCCAUCAAAGCAUCAGAGUGAGUCAGAUGUGGGGAAGGAGAUGAAAAGCUCAGGGUGAUGCAUCAGUGCCAGUCUGAAUGACCCUUUCUAUCCGUCCGUCCCAGCAAGCCAGUGUGCAGUGGUACCAGCUCAGAGGGCUGUGCUCAUGACUUCAUCCCUCCCCACCGAGGGGAGAUGGGGAACAUCGUUAUCGGCUCUCAGCCUGCGUGGCAGGGAGUCCACACUCUGUGCAGCAAUGGAAGUGUCCUUGGGCGUAGGGCUCCUCCUCCAUCCCAAAGCCACAGCCCCUCCUAGGCGCCUUCUUUCCAAAACGUGCAUCCAGACCGGAUCCAGCAAACCUCCCCGUGCAAGACGCCGUGUUCCCUUCCCUGGGGAAGCCAUCUGCUCCCCUCCGCCCGGCUCCUUCUGCAUGCCUUGCCGCUCGCCAGCCCUGCGGGAAGCUCUGCUCCCAUCGGCCACGCUGUUUGCACGUGGCAAGGGGAAGGAAACGCGGUGCUGGCUGGAUCUGGGGCGGCUGGCGAUGUCAGCUGGAGGCGGUUUCCAAGCAACUGUCGCGCCGCGGGACACGGAGAGCCAGGAACACCAUAUUCCUGCUGCCCAUGUGGGCUGGAUGGAGCCAGCACGGGGCUGGUGCGGGGAGCAGCACGAGCGAGAGGGUAGCGCAGGGCCGUGGCACGGGAGGAGGUCUCCGGUCCUGCUCCUCGCCUGCCUGCCUGCAAUGAGGGGACCGCGUGAUGUAUGGGAUUUCACGUGUCCUCUGCAUCCCUGGGGAGAUUAAAACGGGUAAAACUGCUCCAGCUGCUAUUUAUCCUAUUUAUUUUACCCACUGACGGGCAGUUGCGUACAAGCAUCCUUGAAUAGAUGGAAAGGUGGUAAUGUUGCUCUGGCUGAGCAGUGGGAGCAAAUCUGGGUGACAAAGUGCAGGGAUAUAAGCAUGGUGGGAAGCCAGAAGAUGGGAUGGAGCUGGGGAGUGGGGCAGAGUCGUGCGAACAAGAGGUGGAAGCAACGUGAGCUGGGCAGGGAGAAGCCCAGAGAGAUGGGACAGCGCAGGGCACCCGUUUGGUUUCCGGUGCCUGGGUUAUCUGUGGCCAUCUCUGUGCCCGACAGCUAUUGAUUUGGAGCUUGCCCCGUUCAUGCUAACCUUGGCACCACUAGCUCAUGCCUUAUAAACUCUGCUGCAGCUCCUACCCCUCUCUCUGUCCUGCUGCUCACCCAGUGCUGACAUCCCACUGGGGUCUUCCCACAGCUCCGCUUUUUGCUGCCAUGUUCUAGAUCCAGGACAGCUCUGCCUGAUUUCUGCACAGAGAGACGGGGCAGUGGAUACACUGACUCUCUUUGCCCCGUGUGGGUGCCUGCCCUUGGCGAGGAAGGAUGCGGCGCCAGCUACAAACACUUGUCCAAAGGAAGUUUAAAGUCCUCCUCCUCCUGCUCCUGUUCCUGGCCCUCCUGCUGCACCUAAUGAUGGACUUGGCUCUCCCCGCAACUCGCAGGACGUGCAGCUGUGAUGCAAAAGCAUCAAAAGCCUUGGGUACCCCCUCAGGCAGCCCUUUGCUGGCUAGCCCCGCAAAGCUGAGCCUGCGCAUCCUCCAGGACUUCAGUGGCAGCAACGGUUCCUUGGAGAAAAGCUCCCAGCCGCAGGGAGCAGAACCACGGGGAAAGGAUGGAGACGUGGGGAUCCAGCACCGGCAUGGAGACAUCGGUCCUGUAUGGGCCAAGGGAUCCAAACUGGCUGCGCUCUUUGAGCAUCCCCUUUAUAAUAUCCCAUUGCCGGAGGUGAAGGACGAAGACAAGCUGUUCAUCGUCAACCCCAUGGAGAAGUUCAGCCUACGGAGCAGUGGGAGCGAUGAAUGGGUCAGCAGCAGUAAAGCCGAGAUGGUCCUCCCGACAGGGAAGACAGCCUACGACACCUACCCCGCCUGGCUCAAGUUCCACGUCGGCAUCAAUCGCUAUGAGCUGUACCCGCGCAGGGACCCUGUGAUGCCCACCCUCCUGCGGGACCUGGCCACCAUGAGGAUUGUCAGCUCAGUGCAGAAAUCUGGUGGUACCCAGCUGAAGCUCAUCAUGACCUUCCCGAACUACGGGCAGGCCCUCUUCAAGCCCAUGAAGCAGAGCAGGGACCAGGAGACCCCCGCCGACUUCUUUUACUUCUCGGACUUUGAGCGGCACAAUGCAGAGAUUGCAGCCUUUCACCUGGACAGGAUCCUGGAUUUCCGACGUAUCCCGCCAGUUUCUGGCCGCUUGGUGAAUAUAACGAAGGAGAUCCGGGACAUCACAACCGACAAGAAGCUGGCCAAGACUUUCUUCAUCUCCCCAGCGGGCAAUGUCUGCUUCUAUGGGGAGUGCUCCUACUACUGCUCCACCGAGCACGCUCUGUGCGGCAAGCCGGACCAGCUGGAGGGCUCCAUGGCUGCCCUGCUGCCCGACAAAGCCCUGGCCAAGCGCCGCUCCUGGCGCAGCCCCUGGCGCCGCUCCUACCACAAGAGCAAGAAGGCUGAGUGGGAGCUGGAUCCCAACUACUGCGCCCAGGUGCGCCGGACGCCGCCCUACGACAGUGGUCAUCGCCUCCUUGACCUCAUCGACAUGGCAGUGCUCGAUUUCCUCAUGGGCAACAUGGACCGGCACCACUAUGAGACCUUUGAGAAAUUUGGGAAUGACACCUUCCUGCUUCACCUGGACAACGGCCGCGGCUUUGGCACACACUCUCGCGACGAGAUGUCCAUCCUGGCCCCACUCCAGCAGUGCUGCAGCAUCAAAAAGUCCACCUACCUGCGGCUGCGGCUGCUGGCCACCGAGCCCUACCGCCUGAGCGAGGUGCUGCGGGAAGCACUGGCUGUCGACCGCCUGGCGCCCAUCCUGGCUGAGCCCCACCUGCAGGCACUGGACCGGCGCCUGGGCAAGGUGCUGGCGGCCGUGGGACGCUGCCUGGCCAAGGCAACACAGCCCCACCAGGUGCUGGUGGACGACAUGCGGCCGUGACUGUGACACGAGGACGGUGACGUGGUGUGAUGGCAGUUGUCACCCUGGGAAGGGCUCCGAGUGUGUGGUGUUGCGUUUUGGCACUUGGAUGUGAUGCAUGGGGAGACCGGUGGGUGCGUGCGUUAUUUAAAUAAAUAGGUCGGCCUCGUGGAGAAAA